AUGAAUCUCAUUGAAAUGAUGAAUCUUAAUAUUUCUAUAAAGAUUAACAUUUAUCACUACAACUCUUCCGUCAAAGCCACUGAUAUUUCUAUUUUGAAUUUUAUCAUUUUUAACAAAGUUUUAUCUAGAUUUCUGUCUUCAUUUAAGAAUACCCAAAUAUUCUUUUGUAUUGGUAUUAAAAAGAGGAAGAAUGGAAUGUCUAACAUUUCAAUAAAGGUUAUGACUGAUGAGUAG